UACUACUAAAAAUUUACAUAUCAUAGUGGCAACAUCCAAUGUGAUAUGUGAUGUGACAUUCCUUCAGAGAUUCUUUUCUCGUCACGAUUGAGCAGCCAGCUGCCGUUAUCUUUUCGUUACAAUUUCUCAAAUCAAUCCAAAAAAUGGCUUUUGGCAAUCUCAAAACCGAACAAGGAGUUAAUGCUCUGAACAGCUUCCUCGAGGAUAAAAGUUACGUCUCUGGGUACCAACCGUCCCAAGCCGAUGUCGAUGCUUUUAACCAGAUAGCCAAGGCACCAUCAUCAAGUCAAGCAAAUGCACUCCGUUGGUACAACCAUAUCAAAUCCUUCAGUGCGGAAGAGCUGAAAAGUUUUGGCGCUUCGCCUUUGUCGGCAGGCAAACCCACUACAGCUCCUGCUAAAGCUGCCCCUGCCGAUGACGAUGAUGAUGUGGAUCUAUUUGGGUCUGAUGAAGAGGAAGAUGCCGAAGCGGACAAGCUGCGUGAGGAAAGACUGAAGGCAUACGCAGAGAAGAAAUCGAAAAAGCCCGAACUCAUCGCCAAGUCCAGUGUCAUUCUUGAUGUUAAACCUUGGGAUGAUGAAACCAAUAUGAAAGAGCUUGAGAGCAACGUGAGAACUAUUGUAAUGGAUGGUCUUCUCUGGGGAGCUUCAAAGCUUGUACCAGUGGGUUACGGCAUUAACAAGCUGCAGAUCAUGUGUGUAGUCGAAGACGCCAAAGUCUCAAUUGAUGAACUAACUGAGAAAAUCCAGGAUUUCGAGGACUUUGUUCAAUCAGUUGACGUAGCUGCGUUCAAUAAGAUUUAAUUGUAUUUUGUUUUAAUGCAUUAAAUAGAAACAAUCAGCCUA